CAGAGGCCUUUGAUAAUCACUCACUAUUCAGAGUGUCAGCAAACCGGCUUGAUUAACUCGGGCUGGGUUAGAAGGGGUGGAAAGAUUCACCUGCUUUUGAAAGAAGGCAGGAGGUUUGCAAAUUGCAGGAGCUUUUGCAAUUUGGAAGAUAUUUGACAAGGGAAAAGGUUGGAAAAGGGCGGCUUUUGAAUUUUCUCCGCCAAGGAUCUCUUCGUGUUCGAGGCAGCCAUGGCUUCCACCACGGCUUGCGCGUCGGCCAUGUCAGCAGCUUCCGCCUUUGCUGGCAGGACUACAGACGCACGGUCGCAGAGGCCUUGCGCAUCCCUUCCCAGCUUUGAGGGUUUGGCCAGCGCGCGUUUGCCAACCCUUAGACACGCCCCUCAGCAAUUGAGCACAGCACACAGCAAGGCCUUGCCUCAGCAGAGGAAGGGAGGCAUUCGGUGCGCCUCUCUGAAGGAGCUGUCUGACCGCAUUGCCUCUGUAAAGAACACGCAGAAGAUUACGGAUGCCAUGAAGCUCGUGGCUGCUGCCAAGGUCAGGAGGGCACAGGAGGCGGUUGUGAACGGGAGGCCGUUCUCAGAGAACCUGGUCAAGGUGCUGUUUGGAGUGAAUCAGCAGCUGCAAGUGGAAGAUGUGGACAUCCCGCUCACACAGAUCAGGCCAGUCAAGAAGGUUGCCCUGGUAGUCAUCACAGGAGACCGUGGUCUCUGCGGGGGCUUCAACAAUUUCAUCAUCAAGGCUGCAGAGAAGAGGAUGAGGGAGCUGAAGAGUCUUGGCCUCGAGUAUACCAUCAUCAGCGUCGGCAAGAAGGGGAACUCGUACUUCGGACGGAGAGAUUACAUUCCUGUUGAAUCUACCGCUGAGUGCGGCCAGACCCCCACGACCAAGGAGGCGCAGGCGAUUGUGGACGAGAUCUUCUCCCUGUUCAUCUCUGAGGAGGUCGACAAGGUGGAGCUGCUGUACACCAAGUUUGUGUCCCUCAUCACCACGGAGCCCGUCAUCCACACUCUACUGCCCCUGUCCCCCCAGGGCGAGGUCUGCGACAUUGACGGCAAGUGCGUCGACGCCGCUGAAGACGAGAUGUUCCGGCUGACGACCAAGGAGGGCAAGUUCAGCGUGGAGCGCGAGAUGGUGCGGACGGAGACCCCCGACUUUGACGCCAACAUGAUCUUCGAGCAGGACCCCGUUCAGAUCCUGGAUGCUCUGCUACCCCUCUACAUGAACAGCCAAGUGCUCCGGGCGCUGCAGGAGUCCAUUGCCUCCGAGUUGGCUUCCCGUAUGAACGCCAUGAACAAUGCCAGUGACAAUGCUAGGGAUCUGAAGAAGAGCUUAACAACUGUCUACAACAGAAACAGGCAGGCUAAGAUUACGGGCGAAAUCUUGGAGAUUGUGGCAGGAGCCAAUGCUUAAAUAAAGUAGCAAUAAACUUAGGUGCAAGCAGGCAGAGAUUCUCUUCCUGCGAGGACUGCGGUAAUGCACACGACGUGCUGGUAGGAUAACAUUGAUUCUUUUCGGCGAGUUGACACUUGCGAGUUGAACUUCGUGGGUGGUGGAGUUGCGCUGGUUGUCAAGAGCAGGUCUUUCUUGGCACCUUGCGUCGGAGCUAGCUGGAUACUCAUUGGUUACGGCCAAGCACUUUACGCUGAUUCAGUCUGCUCGAAGCCUAUGGUUGGCUGGCAAAAACUCUCUCUGUGUUUGCAUGGCAGUAGUCCUUUGGCCAAGCUUCCUGCUUCCAGUCUGCACAUAUUGCAAGAUCAGGCUGCUUAAUUGCCUGCCA